AUGACGGCGGAGACCCACCUGCAGGGCGUGGAGAUCUCGGCCGCCCAGUUUUUCGAGAUCUGGCACCACUACGACUCCGACGGCAAUGGGUACAUGGAUGGAAAGGAGCUACAGAACUUCAUCCAGGAGCUGCAGCAGGCGCGGAAGAAGGCAGGCUUGGAUUUAACACCUGAAAUGAAAGCUUUUGUGGACCAAUAUGGGAAGACUACUGAUGGAAAAAUAGGAAUAGUUGAGCUUGCUCAGAUAUUACCGACAGAAGAAAAUUUCCUGUUGUUCUUUAGGUGCCAGCAGCUAAAGUCAAGUGAAGAUUUCAUGCAGACAUGGAGAAAAUAUGACAGUGACCACAGUGGCUUCAUUGAUUCUGAGGAACUAAAGAGCUUCUUGAAAGAUUUAUUACAGAAAGCAAAUAAGCAGAUUGAAGACUCAAAGCUAACGGAAUACACAGAAAUAAUGCUCAGAAUGUUUGAUGCAAACAACGAUGGAAAGCUGGAGCUUACUGAACUGGCCAGGCUACUCCCAGUACAGGAAAAUUUUCUUAUUAAAUUUCAGGGUGUCAAAAUGUGUGCAAAAGAAUUCAAUAAAGCCUUUGAGAUGUAUGAUCAAGAUGGCAAUGGUUAUAUAGAUGAAAAUGAACUUGACGCUCUCCUGAAGGAUCUGUGUGAAAAGAACAAAAAGGAAUUAGACAUUAACAACCUUGCGACAUACAAGAAAAGCAUCAUGGCCUUGUCUGAUGGCGGAAAGCUUUACCGAGCAGAACUGGCUCUUAUUCUCUGUGCUGAGGAAAAUUAGACCUCUUCUAUCAUGUCCACUUAACUAGUGAUGUACUCUAUCUACACAAUAACUGUGCACUAUAAGGGAGUAGGCUGUAUUUUUAAAUUGCAUAUAGAAAAUUAGCCAAGAUGUGUGGCACAUUCCUUUCAGUUUGUUUCUAUACUGUUUGUAAUGUACAGUUUUUGUAACUAUAAGAUUGAUAAAGAGAAUGUCUGUGUU